AUGCCUGUCCGAUCACUUCGUUCAAUGGCCACUGCCACAGCAAUCCGCUAUGUCAAAGUCCUGGAAGACCUUGGUGCCAUGCCUUAUGCACUUGUCCGUCCUAUCUUACUGAGAAUCGAUAAUCCUCAAAAACUACAUUCCCUCGAACUUGCAUCUCCCCAUCUCGCCGAGGAAGACCAGGAGAUCUGGAUGGAUUUCAUUAAACGCGAUAUUCCCCGCUGGGAUACCUACUCCCUCCCAGAACAGUCCAACAACUGGUACAACAUCUACUGUGAUCUCCGCGAACAAACCGACCGAUCCCUAGAUGCAGAUGCCGAAAUUAUGAAAAAAGCCAUUGACGGCAUAAAUGAUAAGCGCGCCCUCCUCCCCCCCCAAAUCAUCCCCCAAAACAAAAGCCACCGCAUGGCCCACGCAAGACCAACCUCCAAACAGCGCUCCGCAGCCCGCGACCGCAGUCUAGGCGGCAGAAACAUAGGCGGCCCACUGCCGCGCGAGUCAUCAGGCUGGGGCAAGAAAAAGCCCAACAUCUUCCAACCCGCAAGGCGCAACACAGCCCUAACCAUCCCAACAAAAGCGCUGAACACCCGCGCCUCCCAGGUUCCACGCGCGCCCCGUGCCCUGGUCGAAGAACACCAGGAAUCCCGCCGUCCAAAGCCAACCAUCGCCGCACCAAAGCACCUCCCGCCCGCCCUGCAGCACCCGCUGCUCGCGCAAAACGAGGCAAAGCUCCGCGCCUUGACGGGCAAUCCCGCCCGCGCUGAUGCAAAGCCCGAUUUAAAGCGCCGCGCUACCUCUCCUCCCCCUGCUUCUUCUUCCUCUUCUGCUCCCUCCGCUCCCUUUCCUCCUCAAUCCUCGGGUCUGCCGUCCUCCGGGCCUGUGAUGCGUCGUCGGCCUCCGCCAAGUAUCUUCAUGCCGCCGAAACGGCGGCGUAUGUGA